AAUGUGAGCCUCAUGGUGCGGGGUUACAGUACUGGGCAGCGGUAACAGACGGGACUUGACUCGGCCACAGAGCUAGGAAAAUGCUGCCUUACAGCAUUCGGUCGAUGUCAAGGCGAGCCGGCUCCACAUCCCGAUGCGCUGUCAGGCAACGAACCUUCGGAAUAAUUCCCAGUCCGGUCGAGGUCGUUGAAUGGAGAGUUUAUCCCAUUGGCCGGCGCCCGCGCAUCUGGUACGCUGUUCCGUUGACGAUGGAUGAGAUCACCGCUCAAUUUCUUCGUCGUUCUGACGUCCACGCGACGUCUUUUAUCAUACUCCUCCUCGAUUUCUCCCUUGCCUCCGGUCUCCUUCUUCUUCUUCAAAUCUCUUUCCUCACCUUAUAUCAUUCAAAAGUAACAACAGCAACUUAUCCGUCACAAUGCCGUACCCAGAGACCGCCGAGGGCUUUAUGAUCCACGACACAAAGAAGUGGACGGAAUUCAAGAAGGAUGAGUUCCCGCUCAAGCCCUUCGGAGACCGUGACAUUGAUAUCGCCAUUGAUUGCUGCGGUGUCUGCGCUUCUGACGUCCACACCAUCAACGGAGGAUGGGGUGAAGCUCCCGUACCUAUCUGCGUCGGCCACGAAGUCAUUGGAAAGGCGAUCAAGGUCGGCAAAGAUGUCAAGACGAUCAAGGUUGGCGACCGCGUGGGCGUCGGCGCCCAAAUCGGCGCGGACUUGACCUGCAACCAGUGCAAGGCCGACCAGGAAAACUACUGCCCCAACAUGGUCGACACUUACGGAUCGAACUGGCCCGACGGCACCAAGACGCAGGGCGGAUACUCAUCGCACAUUCGUUCCCACGAGUACUUUACCUUCAAGAUCCCCGACGCAUUGGAGAGCGAGAAUGCCGCGCCGAUGCUGUGUGCCGGCCUUACCGUGUACAGCCCGCUCGUCAGGCUAGGCUGCGGACCGGGCAAGAAGGUUGCCAUCUCUGGAGUAGGCGGUCUUGGCCACUAUGCGGUCCUUUUCGCGAAGGCAUUAGGCGCAGAAGUGUACGUGCUCUCUCACAGCGCCGACAAGGAGAAGGCCGUCCGCGAGAUGGGCGCCGAUCACUUCAUCAACAUCAACGAAAAGGAUUGGCACAAGCCAUACAACUUUACAUUUGACUUCAUCCUCAACACCGCUGAUGCUGUCCACAAAUUCAACCUCCCCAACUACUUCUCCACCCUCAAGGUCAACGGCACGUUCCACUGCGUUGGUUUCGGCGACCAUCCCCUGCCGACCCUCAACGCGCAAGACUUUGCCCCGAACGGCAAUUACUUGGGCGCCUCGCACAUCGGCAACCGCCCCGAGAUGCUCGCCAUGCUGGACCUCGCCGCGAAGCAGAACAUCAAGAGCUGGAUCGAGAAGGUUCCCAUCAGCGAAGCCGGGAUUGCAAAGGCCGUGCAGGGCGUCUCGGACAACAAAGUGCGCUUCCGAUACGUCUUGACGGACUUUGACAAGGCGUUUGGCAAGCGUUCGUAGACGGGCAGAGGACUGCUGGUUUCAGCAUCUUGUCCGGUGACCGCAUAGCUCGGAGCAAAUAGACUGGCGCUUUGAAAUACAGGAAAAGUCGUUGGUACAUGUGGCGUUAUCUAGUCG